UUCAAUCGAGCGCACAUCGGACUAUAACCUGUGCGGUUUACAAGAAGUUCUAGUCAAAAAAAUGAAGUGCGUCGGUGUGGUAUGUGUUUUAAGUGCGUUCCUAGCGGUUAGUUUAGCGGCCCCUGCUACUGUAGAACAAAACGCAGUCGGCCCACUUCAUCAUCAGGUCAAGAGACAGACGGAUAACUCGAACGCCUUGAACAGAAUUAUUACCUUCAGUAACAACAAAAUACAGACGCUACGAAGACUGUGCCCGCAACUCUUUCAGGUGAUCGACAACGUGAUACAGAAUGUGACCAGUCAAGUGUUUCGCGUGGUAGGAGGUGCGCUUCUUCGUUCUGGUGGUCUCGGCGGCGGCGGCGGUUCGGGUGGAUCUGGAGGUGGUGGACGUGUCAGCGUGGUUUUGCCCACGUUCCCACCGGAUGAGGAUGAAGAUGAUGACGACGAUGACGAUGGCGAUGUUCCUAUUAUCAAUCGCACAAGCUCGCCGGCGCCGAAUCCGUUAAGUGCACUGCAGGAAAUUAAUGAGAUUGACGGUGAAGACAAAGUGGUUAGUAACGAGACUGAUGGUACGACUACUGCCUCACCAACGACAGUCGUAAAUCUUGACGAGAUGCUGACAUCGCCAUCGAUAGAAGUCACGAGAAAUGUACGUAAAGUCAGAGAAGCCGCAAGUGACCGACAAGCAGUUGCUCCCGGUCCAGAUCCCGCCGAAGACCUUUCAGAUGUAGAAGCGGAAGACUCGGAGAGAAAUAAGAGAUAUUUGCCCUUCGGAGGCGAUGGGCAAGGUUCAGCGGGAGGUUCUGGAAACUUCCUGUUCGACCUUAUUAGGUUGGUCUCCGGAUCCGGAUCAUCCGAUGACACGGAAGAAAAGACUGCAAGCGUUGGCGGCGCUGUCGAAAUUGACGUAUCUCCAAAGGUGAACCACGACGGGGAGGGCAUUCCCGGUCCAAUUACUCGCCUACUAGUUGUCGCAAAUCGCGGUAUUGCCAACCUAAUACAAGAUUUAAUUCUGCGUUUGGCGCAAACAAGCGAGAGAAUAGUAAACUUCAAGGCACGACUUGUAACGGCUCUGAUCUAGGCAAGCACAGAAAAUAGAACCUUUCAAAAUUUGUUUUUCCAUUUCCAUCAUUAGUUAUACUCAUACACCGUUAAUUUAAUUAUUCUUCAUUUUAUACUUUCACUAGUACACACUGCCCAUAUAAACCUAAAAUCCUCCUUAAAUGGUGUAUAUAGGCAGAUGUACCAAGUGGACAUCCUGACAUUUUGUUAUAGUUAUAGGCAAUAAGGCAAGCGUUGUUAAUUUCAUUUUGUACAAUUGUGAAUAUUUUCCUAUCGUUGUUAUAUAUUUAAGGUCCAAAAUCAGCUUAAAGAACGUUGAACUUAUUGGGCUCAUUCAAAAUGUAAAUAUAAUGUCAGAUGUUUUUUUAUUAUUGUUUUAGUUAUAAGCUAGCAUAAUUUGUAAAUAAAGUAUAUGAACUGAGUAUUUAGGUGCGAUCUUUUAAUUUUUAUUGUAGGAAUUAGUUCUGGUAAUGUGUUGACAACUGCUCCGGAAAGCACUCAAAACUCUUAAUGGUCUAAGCGGUACACCGAAUUUGCCCAGCACGGAAAGUCAAGUGUC